AUGACCGCCGCCAAGGCUACAGCUGAGGCUGCCAUCAGGGACAACGCUGUUAUGGUGUUCUCCAAGUCCUACUGCCCCUACUGCAAUGCGAGCAAGAAGCUUUUGAACGAUUUGGGCGCCAAGUAUGAGACUAUGGAGUUGGAUCUUGUUGACGAUGGCUCCGCUAUCCAGAAUGCGCUCCAGGAAAUCUCCAAUCAGCGUACCGUGCCUAACAUCUUCAUCGCCCAGAAGCAUAUUGGCGGGAACUCCGAACUGCAGGCGAAGAAGAAUGAGCUGCCUGCUCUUUUGAAGGCGGCUGGUGCGUUGUAA